ACCCCCUCCCUUACAUUCCAUUACACACACAUAUCAUAUCAAGGACAAGUAGGUAGGUUCCUUCAAAGUUUCAAAAUUUGUCCACCCAACCCAGCGUUGUACCUCGUCAUUGAGAACGAGGUGCUUCUUGAUUUCACUCACGAUUCAAGCGCUGGGGGUGCUUGGAUUGAUUGACUGAUUGAUUGAUAAAGGGCCUUCUCUUGUUUUUCCCUUGAAUAAGGCCUAUCCUCUCCAAGAUAAUCUCUAUCUUUCUUUCGUGCAAAUUUCAUCUGUGCCUGCAUUUGAAAAUUGUUUUGGAAGGGGGAAGGAUGAUUAGCUGGUGGACAUCAACCCUCCAAUUGGCAGAGUUGUUUGUGAGUAGCUUGGUGCAUUUGUUAUAUGGAUUUUACAUAUUCAGCACGGCUGUGGCUGGGGAUCUCUCUCAGGCACUCAGUGAUCGGAUUUUCAAUCCUAAUUUGGCCGAUGGUUUGAGGAGGGAGGAGGAUUCCAUAAAGUCCACCAACGUUGACGGUUUACCUCCCAUUGUAUUAGUUCACGGAAUUUUUGGGUUCGGAAAAGGGAGAUUAGGAGGCCUGUCGUAUUUUUCUGGAGCAGAGAAGAAGGACGAGAGGGUUCUCGUGCCGGAUUUGGGCUCUCUAACCAGCAUCUAUGACAGGGCAAGAGAGUUGUUCUAUUACCUGAAAGGCGGGCAAGUUGAUUACGGAGAAGAACAUAGCAAGGCCUGUGGGCACUCACGGUUCGGCAGAGUUUAUGAGAAAGGGCACUACCCAGAAUGGGAUGAAGAUCACCCAAUCCACUUUGUUGGGCAUUCGGCAGGGGCACAGGUUGUCCGGGUCCUGCAACAAAUGCUUGCCGAUAAGGCAUUCAGUGGAUACGAAAACACAUCGCCCAACUGGGUUCUAAGCAUAACCUCCUUGUCCGGAGCAUUUAAUGGUACAACAAGAGCCUACCUGGAUGGAAUGCAGCCAGAGGAUGGCAAGUCGCUGAAGCCCAUCUGUCUGCUGCAGCUGUGCCGCAUUGGCGUAAUUCUCUAUGAUUGGUUUGAUGUUCAGUGGCUGAAGGACUACUACAACUUCGGAUUUGAUCAUUUCAACAUUUCCAGGAAGAAGUUAGGCAUUUGGGGUCUUGUUGGUUGUCUAAUGGGGAAGAGUGGUCCAUUUGCAACCGGAGAUUGGAUCCUCCCUGACCUCACAAUCCAAGGAUCCAUCAAAUUGAACAGCCGGAUAAAUACAUAUCCUGACACGUAUUACUUCAGCUAUGCCACCAAGCGGACAAGGAAAGUACUGGGCGUCACUGUGCCCUCCGGCCUUCUUGGGAUACACCCUUUGUUAUUCAUUAGAGUCCUGCAGAUGAGCCAAUGGCGACACCCCACUGAUGUCACUCCUCCUUAUAAGGGUUAUCGGGAUGAAGACUGGUGGGACAACGAUGGAGCCCUCAACACAAUAUCCAUGACACACCCGCGUUUCCCUGUGGAACACCCAAGCUACUUUGUUGUGAAGGAUUCCGACUGCCAGCCUUUACAGCCUGGCAUCUGGUAUUACAAGCUGGUGGAAGGCGACCACAUCCUUUUCAUUGUGAAUAGAGAGAGAGCUGGAGUGCAAUUCGAUCUGAUAUACGACAGCAUUUUCGAGCGCUGUAGGAAGCAUGUAAUGAGGAAGGCUCAAACCAUGCCAAACCAAGUGCAGCAGUAGUCGACUAGUAAACACAAUGCUUAACGAUUCGAGGGGGAGGGGUGAUGGAGAUGGAGAUGGAGAUGGAGAUGAGACCAAUCUUUUGUAUUUGUUGUAUACAUGUGCUUCAUUUCUAGACCUCUGAUAAUGGCUAAGUAACUGACGUACAGACAGACGGAGACAGAGAUGUUAUUAAGAAAGAAAUACUAACCACUACUACUACUACUACUUGUACGUACAUCUAUGGCUUCGUCACACACACAACACAGGCUGACAUGUCUAUGACAGGCAAAAUCCUAUUGGUUGUAGAUUUGCUUUCUUGUUGUGUAAUCAUCUGUCUAUGGAGUUUUGAUUGGUCGGA